CUCCAUCCCAGACACCCCAAACAGACUCCCAGCAACCUUGCACACAUACCCCUUCCUUUUUUUCACCAUCAACGCGUCACCCGGCACCUCUUCACACAUAUAACCUCCCUGUUCCCACCGUCUCCGCUCCGCUUCUUUUUUUUCCGCCAUGAAUCCGUCCACCUCAGCCGCUCAAGACGAAUUCAACGAGCUUCUUCGUGACAAGGACCACGACUCCAGACACCCUGAAGACCGCCACGACGACAGCGACGUCUCCGAACCAGAAUCCCCUGGUGCUGCUGCCGACUACCUCGAGAAGAUUGACACCGACGACGAACUCGACAUUCCCGCCGAUAUGCGUGCCAACUACUACAUGCCCAACCGCCGCUCAGAGGCCAACACGGGCCCCAAGGGUGUCAUUGCCGAUGCCCAGGCCUUUGAGCAGGCCAAGAAGCAAGCAAGGCGGUUUACCUGGAAGAAGAACUCCCCGCCUACAUCAUACACCGUUACUGCCUACCACGACGACAAGGCCUCGAGCGACGAAGAUGCCGAUGAAGGUUUCAUGCGCCAAUGGCGUGAGGCUAGGCUCAAGGAGCUGCAGAAUGUCGGCGAGAAGAUGCGGUCAAGGACAAACAGCCCUAGCCGUCGUGUCUACGGUACCAUGCCGCUAGUUGACGGUGAGGGGUACCUUGAUGCCGUUGACAAGACCGCCUCGGGUACUACCGUGCUUGUAUUCAUCUAUUCUGAAGAGAUUGAGCUUGACCAACAAGUUUGCGUAUUCAUGCGUGAGGUAGCAAGACGCAAUGACACUGUUCGCUUCGUCAAGAUGCAUGGCGAGGAAGCAGAGCUCGACCGUGACGUCCUCCCUGCUGUCCUGGCAUACAAGGGCGGCGAAAAGUUCGCUUCCAUUCUGCCUCUUCUCAACGAGUUGCCCGAUGACUCUGAGCUCAGUGUUGUCAGCCUGGAAACAGCGCUCCGAAAAAACCGCGUUCUUUGAAAAAUCAUCUGAGCAUUGCUAUUCUUAAGCAAAUCAACCUCACACCGCACCGACUUGUGCAUGCCAUCAUUCACGGUCUUCAUCAGUACC